ACGAGCCUAUCGUAGUAAGCAAGGAUCAACCUGAUUGUUAGGCAGGUAUUACAUGAACUCCUCGUGAUCAAGCCUGUCCGUUCGGGCAGGCACGACGGCGACGGCUAAGAUCCGUGCUCAACUAGUGUAAUGCUAGUACGUCUGCACGUACAGCACAAUUCACUUUCUACGUCUUCUCCUUAUGAACACUCAAACUGUCCGUCUCAGACACGAAGCGGACCACAUCUGGCCUCAUCCGCCGUCAUGGCUUCCACCUCGGAGUCUAUUAUGGAAGUCGACUAUUACACCCAGAACUUCCAGGCAAUGCAAGUGGAGCUGCAGACUGUUCCUAAUGAGAUCGCAGAAGCAAAGAAGAAGCUCUACGAAGCUCAGCGUCGUGUGAGCUUGAGCAGCUUAAGUGGCAAGUUUGGCGCCGAUGCAGAGGCGAAAAAGGCUGCAAACCUUGUCAACAUUUUCCACUCUCUAGGGCUUUCGGGUGUACUGGACAUGUACCUUAUACAAAAGACAAUCAUUAUGUAUACAAUCAAUCACGAGGAGAGUGGCAUUACGACGAGGGCUCUCAAGUCCCUCGACAGCCUGGAGAAGGCCUUAGCGACACAGGCGGGAACCCACGACCUUGAUGCGGUGCGCAACCAUUAUUACACGCAUGCACGCCAAACUUCAGCCAGUUCAUGACCACAAGGACAAAAUUCCAGUGGGAGCAAUCUCGCAAACGACGCGAGACUCAUGCGGGAGGCACUCGUGCCGAUGGACAAGGUGUUCUCAUACCUGCAGCAGAAGUACGGUGAUGGGGAGCUACUUGGUAGACCAGUAACAAUAGAGCACAGCGACCCUGACCUAUUCAACAAUGAGCACUCCGGGGUUGAGGUUGAAGGCAUUG